AUGACCCGGGGUCAUGGCACCGCCGGCACCACCGUGGUGGUUACCGCCGUGGUGACCGGGAGUCAUAGCACCGCCAGCAUUAUGGUGAUGGUGCCCGGGGUGGUAGGCUGCGCCUCCGGCAUCCCCGCCAUGAUGGUUACCGCCAUGAUGUCCCGGGUGGAAGUCCAUCGAGCGACGAGUUCGAACCGGGGCAGCGCCCUUGGCCGCGACAAACUUCAGCAGAGCCUCAGAGCGCUCGGCAGUGCCCUCAACGGCAGUGGAGUUCGAGUGGCUGCAUUGGAGGGCCAGCAACGUUAG